AUGACAGGUACACGACGUGAUAUUGCUUUUGCAGUUGGAAAGCUUAGUAGGUAUACUAGUAAUCCUAGUAAUCUACAUUGGAAAGUUGUCUUUAGGGUAUUGAGAUAUCUUAAAAGAACUAUUGAUUAUGGCAUAUGUUAUACUGGAUAUCCAGUGGUCCUAGAAGGAUACACUGAUGCUAGUUGGAUAAUAGAGAGCGAAGAUCACUCAUCCACGAGUGGUUGGAUAUUCACUCUUGGUGGAGGUGCUGUAUCUUGGGGCUCUAAGAAACAAACUUGUAUUGAUGAUUCUACAAUGGCAGCAGAGUUUGUGGCGUUAGCUUUCGGAAGUAAGGAAGCAGAAUGA